UUUGCGCCACUCGCCUCUCUAGCUUCACGACCUGUGCAUCAUACCCGUAUCCUGAUCAACACGCAAUCUAACGCAAUGGCCGACGCCGCAGCUUCCCCCGCCCCAGCAAAGAAGGCCUCCAAGAAGGGAGUUAAGAAAACUGCCGCUCAUCCAAAGUACUCUUCGAUGGUUGCAAAUGCCAUCAGUGCCCUGAAGGAACGCAACGGCUCCUCCCGUCAAGCCAUUCUGAAGUAUAUCGUCGCCACCUACAAGGUUGAAGAGAAGGCCGCUACUACCCACCUGAAGCUUGCCCUGAAGCGUGGUGUUACCUCUGGAGCCCUCAAGCAGGUCAAGGGUGCUGGUGCUUCAGGUUCGUUCAGAAUUAACAAGCCCGACACUGAUGCCAAGCCCAAGGUCGCUGCCAAGAAGCCUGCAGCUAAGAAAGCUUCUCCCAAGAAGCCCGCAGCCAAGAAGCCUGCUGCCAAGAAACCCGCAGCCAAGAAGGCCACAGUUAAGAAGACUACAGCAAAGAAGCCCGCAGUCAAGAAGGCCGCCAAGAAACCAGCAGCUAAGAAGGUCGCUAAGUCUACGCCUAAGAAGACUGCAAAGAAGCCCGUUGCAAAGAAAACUGCCAAGAAGACUCCCAAAAAGUAGAUCGUGUGCUGUAGACUAUAGUGUAUUGUCAUCUUAAGGUGAAUUUUAUAAUUAUAACUCCGUUGGAGUAAUGUAUAGUAUAUUAAGAUAACUUGUACCUGAAAAGCCCUUGGUAAGGGCAGGAGAUCUCUUGUAUAUGAGAAUGUUUUAUUAAAUGUGUUUUUCUAUA